ACUAAGCUCCAAGUCCUCGGUGCUGGUGAUGAGUAGCAGUCCCGGCCUUGGUAGUGUUAGCAGACAGCAGCAUGUCUCAUCCAUCCCAACACCAAGGAGUACAUCACAAAAACUCUGCAACACAGCUGCCUCACCAAAACAACUGCCAUACCAGACUCUUCCCACAGUGCACAGCAACCAAAAGAUAGCAAAAGCACAGGGUAAAAAAUCAAUGAUAGCAUAUACCACUGUAGAAGACGAACGCUUCAAAACUGGAAGGGACUAUAAAAUGGAUACACAAGCUUUGGAAAUAUCUGAAUUAAGCGAAAGAAGAAUAAGUGUUCCUGAGCGACGGCUGCCUGAGUAUAAGAGAAGCAGCCAUGGUAACAGUGGCAGAAUCGCAUCUGGCAGUGCUGGUCUGAUAAAGAAAGGUGGCUUGUACAGAACCAGAGAUACAUUUGAUCACUUCAGGAAAGGAGCUUCCAGUGAAACCGAGAAAAAGGCAGAGGCAGAAAGCCAUAGUUGUGUAGUAGAUGAUCAUAAGGAGAAUCCACAUGCUAAGAUACACAAUACCUCCCAUUUACAGGAUGGCUGGAAAACCUCUCUCACAAAUGGUAUGCCAUCUGGGUUCAGUGUCAACACAAAGGUACAGAGACCACAAAGCUGUCCAGUGACAUGCCAGUGGACAACUGAUCUGAGUUGGGGACCAUCCUGUGACUUUUCUCAUUUGACAAGCCCAGAAGAUAGCCCAGACAGUGUCCUUUCUGACCCAGGUCUGACAGGAAACUCUGAUACCUCACAGAGUAGGAAAGGGAUGGAGAGCCCCAUCAGAUGCCCCCCUGUGAUACAACAGAAUCACCCUGUGACGGUAACAGUGGCACCCUUUAGGUACAGAUUGCAGGUAAAUGAGGAAGAGAAUGCCUUUCCAAGAGAAGCACACAGUAGCAGUUCCAGUCCCUUGGGUCCUCCUCAGAGCUGCUUGCAAGAAAUUGACCCUGAGACUCAGAGGAAACGGACUGUACAGAAUGUGUUGGACCUCCGACAGAACCUCGAGGAGACCAUGUCUAGUUUGAGGGGGUCCCAGGUAACUCACAGUUCGUUAGAAAUGAACUGCUAUGACAGUGAUGAGGCCAAUCCCAGAAGUAUAUCCAGUCUUUCCAAUCGCUCCUCACCUAUAUCCUGGCGUUAUGGGCAGUCAAGUCCACGACUACAGGCUGGGGAUGCGCCUUCAGUGGGAGGAAGUUGCCGGUCAGAGGGAGGAUCAGGAUGGUAUGCACCUGGAGACAGGACACAUUACUCACACACCAUGCCCAUGCGGACUCCUAGCAAACUGAGCCACAUCUCCAGGCUGGAUCUGAUCGACACAGAUGAUGUGGAUCUCAAAUCAGGCUACUUAAGUGACAGUGAUGUUAUGGGCAAGACACUGAAUGACGAUGAUGACAUCACCACAGGCUGGGAUGAAAGCAGUUCCAUUAGCAGUGGCCUUAGUGAUGCUUCAGACAACCUCAGCUCAGAAGAAUUCAAUGCAAGUUCCUCUUUGAACUCCUUACCUACAACCCCAGUUGCCUCCCGCAGAAACUCUACCAUUGUGCCACGAACAGAUGCGGAAAAGCGCUCACUAGUGGAAAGUGGACUUAGCUGGUAUGGGGAGUCUGAAGGCAAGGUCCACAAGAAAAUUGACUAUGACAGUGGUAGUCUGAAGGUAGAUCAGAGCCCUAAGUGGCGGCGGGAGCAUUCUGAAAGUUUGGAUGACACACUGAAAGGAGAACUGAAGAAGCCACAAAGCCUUGGACAGCCAGGAGCAUUGAAAAAAGGCAAAACUCCUCCUGUGGCUGUUACGUCCCCUAUUAGUCACACGGCACCAGCACCACUUAAAGUAGCAGCCAAAGGAGAAAUAAAACUGGAGAAAAGCAAGCUAAAUGUUAAGGGAGUACAGCUUCAGAGGUCAUCUUCAGAUGCUAGUAAGGACAAGAUUGCAGAUGCCAAGAAACCCCCUUCAGGCAUUGCCCGACCAAAUAAUGCUGGCUCAUUUGGUUAUAAGAAGCCCCCUCCAGCCACUGGGACUGCAACUGUGAUGACAGCAAGUGGAGCUACUGUAACUAGUGGUUCUGCCACUGUAGGUAAAAUUCAGAAGACUUCUGCAAUCCCAGUGAAGCCAGUUAACUCACGGAAGACCAGUCUUGAUGUUUCAAACAGUGGUGAGGCAGGUUUCCUCUCACCAGGAGCAAGGACAAACAUCCAGUAUCGUAGCCUUCCUCGACCUGCCAAAUCCAGCUCCAUGAGUGUAACUGGGGGAAGAAGCAUUAGUAGACCAGUCAGCAGCAGCAUUGAUCCUGCUCUCCUCAGCAGCAAGCAAACUGGUAUUGCCCUUUCCAGACUGAAAGAACCUUCAAAAACUGCCAUCGGGCGACCUACCCUGGCGCCAGUGAAUCAGACUGACAGAGAAAAGGAAAAGGCAAAAGCUAAAGCUGUAGCUUCAGAUUCUGAAUGUAGCCCCCUGAAGCCUGUUUCUACACCAGAAAGUAGCGCAAAGGGGGUGCGACAGCCAAGUGCCAAGACUUCAGAGAUUGUGUCCCCUACACCUCACAGGGUGAUUGGCACGAAACCAAUGGGAAAGCCGCCAUCUUUGGCUAACUUGGAUAAAGUGAACUCGAACAGCCUGGACAUACCAUCAUCCUCUGCUGCUGUUGAGCAUCAUCCAUUGCACUAUAGUAAAGUGCAGGACUUUCUCCCUGUGGCUACACCUGGUAGUACCCACCUGACAUCCUGUCUCGUACCGAGCCCAGCACCAGUACUCAACAUCAACUCAAGCAGCUUCUCACAAGACAUGGGGUUGCUGGACAACUUCAGUGAACAGUCAGAACCCUUAAUGUAUCCCAAGCUUUCAGGGAUGCACAGGAGCAUGGAGUCACUCCAUUUGCCAAUCAGCAUGCCUAGCUCUCUCACUGCAACCUGCACUGCCAUCCCGCGAGAAGAUGAUGCUGCUGGCAAACUGAGCUGGACAGGCAACCUCCGAUCAGGACAGACAGACAGCACUCAGGAUAGGAACACAUUACCGAAGAAGGGCAUAAGUAGACACAGCUCGCUACAGAUUCAGGAUGAUGUGAAGGAAAGGCGACACUCGCAUGCAUUAGGAGGGCUUCCAGAGUCUUCUGAUGACAAAUCCCAGCUACCUCCAUCCCCUGUUACUCCACUGUCCUCAGGGAAAGGCACCUUAACUAAUAUAGUGAGUCCAACCACUUCAAGUUCCCGAAUGACUCGCUCCAACAGCAUUCCCACCCAAGAAUCUACAUUUGAACUCUACAACGGCUCACCAAUGGGCAGCACUCUGUCCCUGGCAGACAAACCCAAAGGCAUGAUUCGCUCUGGCUCCUUCAAGGAGCCCACAGAUGAUGUUCACGGCUCAGUGCUGUCGCUGGCAUCCAGUGCUUCAUCUUCAUAUUCAUCGGCUGAAGAAAGAAUGCAGACAGAGCAAAUUCGGAAACUGAGAAGAGAACUUGAAUCUUCCCAAGAAAAAGUUGCAUGUCUGACCACCCAACUUUCUGCCAAUGCUAACUUGGUAGCAGCAUUUGAACAAAGUCUGGUGAACAUGACGACACGCCUUCAGAAGCUAGCGGAGACAGCUGAAGAAAAAGAUUCGGAGUUGGUUGAGCUACGGGAGACAAUAGAAUUUCUGAAGAGAAGGAAUGCAGAAGCGCAUGCUGUGAUUCAGGGAGCUUUGAGCACUCCAGAUACUUCCAAAGAAUUGCGGAUAAAAAGGCAGAAUUCAUCAGACAGCAUUUCCAGCCUGGGCAGCAUCACAAGUCACUCGAGCAUUGGAAGUUCCAGAGACGCUGAUGCCAAGAAGAAGAAAAAGAAAAGCUGGUUGCGAAGCUCUUUUAAUAAGGCAUUCAGCAUAAAAAAAGGACCUAAAUCAGCCACCUCGUACUCCGACAUCGAGGAGAUUGCCACGCCAGACUCCUCAGCACCAUCCUCUCCUAAAAUGCAACAUGAUGCCUCUGACAGUACGUCUCCUUCAAUCAAGUCCUCAAAUUCUUCAUCUGUCAUCUUUGAGUGUAAUGAGGAGGCUGAAGGUGAUGAAAAAGGUGUGUCAGAACUUCGCUCAGAACUGUGGGAGAAGGAAAUGAAAUUGACAGAUAUUCGACUAGAAGCCUUAAAUUCUGCACACCAGCUUGAUCAGUUGAGAGAGGCAAUGAACAACAUGCAGAUGGAAGUGGAUGUUCUGAAGGCAGAGAAUGACCGGUUAAAGGUUCAUCCAGGAUCAGGACCAGGAUCCAUUCAGACAUUGUCACAGGGUAUUACUACUUCAGCCAUAUCUUCUCCUCAUCGGACACUUGGCCUUACGCUUGCUCAUUCUGUCAGCUUGAGCCUUACAGAAUCAACCGACACAGAUAUGUCACCCAUGGAUGCUGUAAGCUCUUCAACACAGAAAGAUGACAAUACUCUCAGAGUGGUGGUGAGAGUGCCACAUCAACACAUCUUUAAAGAUGAGCUAAAACAACAUGAAUUUUAUGUUGGCACCGUUGAAGUUAAUGGGAAAACAGACUGGAAAAUGCUGGAUGGGCUCAUCUCUCAAGUCUUCAAGGAUUACGUUACAAAAAUUGACCCAGCAUGCAGCCUUGGACUGAGUACUGAGUCCAUCUACAGUUAUAGCAUCAGCCAUAUCAAGAGAGUACUGGACACAGACCCACCAGAGCUGCCUCUCUGUCGGUACCUGGGGAGGGGAAUCAGUAGCAUUGCUUUAACAUUGAAAGGUUUGAAAGAAAAAUGCGUGGAUAAUUUGGUUUUUGAGACCCUGAUCCCAAAGCCCAUGAUGCAGCACUAUAUUAGUCUCCUGCUCAAACACCGCCGACUGGUUCUGUCAGGGCCAAGUGGCACUGGGAAAACGUACCUUACCAAUCGACUAGUGGAGUACCUUGUGGAAAGGUCAGGCCGAGAGGUCACAGAUGGCAUUAUUGUCACAUUCAACAUGCACCAACAGUCCUGUAAGGACUUGCAGCUUUAUCUGUCAAACCUGUCCAAUCAGAUAGACCGGGAAACAGGAACUGGUGAUGUGCCCCUGGUGAUCAUUCUUGAUGACCUUGCCGAAGCAGGAUCCAACACAGAACUAGUCAAUGGAGCACUGACCUGCAAGUACCACAAGUGCCCUUAUAUCAUUGGCACCACCAACCAGCCAGUCAAGAUGACUCCUAAUCAUGGUCUUCAUCUCAGCUUCAGAAUGCUAACAUUUUCAAACAAUGUUGAGCCUGCAAAUGGGUUCCUAGUGCGGUAUUUACGGAGGAAGAUGAUAGAGUCAGAAAGUGACAUUAAUGACAACAUGGAGGAGCUCCUACGGGUUCUUGACUGGGUCCCCAAACUUUGGUAUCAUUUACACACCUUCCUGGAGAAGCACAGCACCUCCGAUUUUCUGAUUGGACCAUGCUUCUUUCUGUCCUGUCCUGUCAGUGUAGAAGAAUUCCGACCAUGGUUUAUUGACUUAUGGAAUAACUCCAUAAUUCCAUAUCUUCAGGAAGGGGCCAAAGAUGGGCUUAAGGCUCAUGCCAGAAAAUCAGCAUGGGAAGACCCAGUGGAGUGGGUUAGAGAUACACUCCCAUGGCCCUCAGCCCAACACGACCAGUCAAAGCUACUCCAUUUGCCUCCACCAAGCAUCGGUGCUCAUACAGGAACAUCACCUGCAGAAGAAAGAGUGGUUAAAGACGCAACACCAAACUCUUUGGAUUCAGAUCCAUUGAUGGCCAUGCUACUGAAACUGCAGGAAGCUGCCAACUAUAUUGAAUCUCCAGAUCGAGAAUCCAUUUUGGACCCAAACUUACAACCAGCACAUUGAAGACUUGUACGUCGCUGAGUGAAUGGAGGCAGGGUUGCUCCAUUCCCUCUCCUGGUGUAGGUGAUAGAAGUUGGGGGAGGGGUCCCCGAACUGAAUGUUGACUUUCCUGUUAAUGCUGUCUCUACUUAUCUGGAAGAGUUUCCGCAAGAGUACUGGGCUGGUGUUUGUUUCUUUAUAAUGUCCUGGUUGGUGAUUCUUUUUGUAUACCUUUUUUAAUUGACACCAGUAAGUAGAGAGUGUCAUCCUGUGUCUGACAGCUGUAUUUCAGCUUGUUAUUCAGUUCAAACCCCACCCACAAAAAACUCCCAGCUUCUCGUGAAAGAGAUAUUGGCCCUGUACUUGGGAGUUCAGAGAUGCUGUGUCAGAGAAGAUGGAAUUUAUCACUAGAAAACAUCACAUUCAGACUUGGGCCCUGCACUUCUCAGCUCUGCCACUAGGUGGGGGAGCCGUAAAGCUAACUCCCUCUGCAAGGGGGAGAAAAUGGUUUGGAGACGUACAGUAUCUGCUCAGAGUGUGAUAACAGUUUCUUUACUGACUGACAUUCCUGCUUUUUAUGGCACAGAAUUUUCAGAGAAUAUGUGGAAACAAGUCCAUGGUGCUUGGAUUUCAUCCACAGGGACUGUUUUUAAACCGCUUGCGGAACAUGCAUGGCAGCCAUUUGGGAACAGUCGUCAAAAUGUCAGAAUUAUGGUGCGAAGGAUGGGCAAUGGAAUUUUAUUAUUUUUGCAGAAUUUGUAUAGCAGCCAUCUGGGACCAGUCAUCAACAAAUUCAUUUGUAUGUCAGAUUUAUGGUAUGAAGGGCAGGUAAUGAAAUUUUAUUGUGUAGGAGGUCAGAAUAAUUGGUCUUUGCUGGCAGUGCCAUUACUGCUCCACCAUUAUGAACACCUCAGUAAAGAAACUGGUGCUGACUUUAAACUUCAGUAUUAUCAACAUGCUGCUCUGGUCCUCACAGCUUGAACACUGAACAGACAAGGUAACAAACUGGUCACUAUCAACUGCAUACUGAGGCACAUAACUGUGUUUACAUGUCAAGG